UCGUGUCGACAUUAUGGAUGAUAUUGAAUAUCUCUAUCGCAGCAUUAGACAGCCCGCGCGCCUGGUGAUCCCCGGGAUUAAACAGGGGCGGAAAGGGUUUGCCUAGGCAGCCGUACACCUCUGCGAUAGAAAUAGCAAUAGAAAUAAUCACUAAUAUACAAAUACCAUCUCUAGAAUAAACAGGUUCAGCAGAAACCAUGUCUGUCGCAGGAUUUAAGAAGCAAUUCCACAAAGCCACUCAGAAAGUGAGUGAGAAGGUGGGUGGAGCUGAGGGAACGAAGCUGGAUGAGGAGUUCAUAGACAUGGAAAAGAAAGUAGACACCACCAGCAGGGCAAUCUUAGACAUUAUGACCAAGACAACAGAGUACCUGCAGCCUAAUCCAGCGACCCGGGCGAAGAUGAGCAUGAUGAACUCCAUGUCGAAGAUCCGGGGGCAGGACAAGGGCCCGGGGUACACGCAGGCCGAGACCCUGCUGGGGGAGACCAUGCAGAAAUACGGCCGGGAGCUGGGAGAGGAGUCCAAUUUCGGCAUUGCUCUGAUCGACGCCGGGGAGGCCAUGCGCGAGCUAGGAGAGGUGAAGGACGCUCUGGACAUGGAGGUGAAGCAGAACUUCAUAGAUCCGCUUCAGAUCCUGCACGACAAAGACCUCAAGGAGAUCCAGCACCACCUGAAAAAACUGGAGGGGCGGCGCUUGGAUUUCGACUACAAGAAGAAGAGGCAGGGCAAGGUGCAGGACGACGAGAUCAAGCAAGCCCUGGACAAGUUCGACGAUUCCAAGGAGGUCGCGGAACUGAGCAUGUUCAACCUCCUGGAGAGUGAUCAGAUCGAGCAGGUGUGCCAGCUGGCCGCCCUGGCCAAGGCACAGCUGGAGUACCACAGGCAGGCGACGGACAUCAUGCAGCAGCUCUCCAGCAAAAUGGAGGAGAGGAUAAGGGAGGCCUCCAACAAGCCCAGGAAGGAGUUCGCUCCGAAGCCCCGUACGUCUCUGGACUUCACCCCCACCGAGAACCACAACGGGGGCGUGGCGCACACAGCCGCCGCCAGGAGGUCUCCAGCCCCGAUGGACCAGCCCUGUUGCCGGGCCCUGUACGACUUCGAUCCCGAGAACGAGGGAGAGCUGGGCUUCAAGGAGGGCGACGUCAUCACCCUGACCAAUAAGAUCGACGAAAACUGGUACGAGGGCAUGCUUCACGGCCAAUCGGGCUUCUUCCCCGUCAACUACGUGGAUAUCCUGGUGGCGCUGCCUCACUAGACUCUCCCGGCCACUGCUUCCACUGCUUCUAUUGGUCUGCCCGUAGCCAUGACGACGACCAUGGAUAACAAACGGCCACAGCAUGACAGACUGCCUACCACCACCAAUCAGAAUAUUAUAAACAUAAAACUGCUAAAAAAGAUGCUAAUGGAAAAAAAAAAAGAUGUUUUAUCUUCUUGCGUAAGAAGGUGAGAAAACUUGUGCGGUUUUUCCCCUGCUUCUCCCUGCUCUGAGUGUUAAAUUGCUUGUGUCUUCAGUUAUAAAUGCAGGUGAACUUCGUAAACCUUUCUGUAUGCUCAAAACAAUUCCACUGUGUUGUUUUAUCCUUAUAUCUUGCGUUUUUUUUUUGGGCUUUAGACCACGGUUAAUGUAAUCACAGGAUUAUCCUUUUCUUAGAAAAUACACGAGGCAUGACCAAAAUUGGUAGUUUAAAGCAAAUAAAACUUGUACGCUAUCCUGAGUUUAAAAGAAUAACAUAAAAAAUAAAUAAAAAACACUAAAACUUUUGAAAAAUGAAAAAGUACGACACCUAAAGCAAAAUUGCUUGCCUCCAUAAGAUUUGAAGGUGGAAGUACCCAUCAUUGCUCUUUGUUAAUUAUCCUCACAAUGUUUUAUUUAUUUUUUAAAUGACAUCACAUUGACAUUAAAAUGGCACUGUGCCAGCACUGAAAUACAUAAAAGCAUAAAUAUGGGACUGGGUCUGUUGUGAGGACAGCCAUUCUGUCCCCUACUCUGGCUAUAUGACUACAUAGUGAGAUUGACAUGUGUCAGGACAAAUCAAUGCAGUACAGAUUUCAUGGCAAUACAUAAUCAUAUGUGUCUGUAUUGCGUACAUACAUGUAUGGGCCGGUCAGUGAUAAAUGAUAAUGAAUAUUAAUAUUUAAGCGAAGGAAACAGACGUAAAAUAUAUUACUGUUUAAGUCAUACUGAAUAAAAGCAUUACUGUGACAAAAACUAUUUACUGUCUUUGAACAUGCGGUGGAAAUAUUUGUGAAACUGAUCUGUGUACUGUGCUAUAAUAAUACAAAUGUGUUUUUAUUGAAGUGGCUGUAAUCGCUGCAGUUAAGGAUGCAAUGGUUUUGUUGCACUAGAUUAUUUGUUGAGAUAUCUCUUCAAUCCAAUCCUAUUUUUCAACAGAAUAGCUGCCUACACUGUAGAAUGGGACAAGAUAUAGCUAACGAUGGACAAAAAAUUACGGAAUGAAAAUAGGUCUACACUUAUAUUUUUCUUCGCAGAUUACGACCCUGGGAAACUCCAGACCUCAAAAUGUACCCUUAAACUUCUAAUCAUCCAGUGACUUUUUUUUGCAUUACAUAAUUCAUGCAAAAAAGGCCCAUGCAUUACUAAUAUUUUUACGGUAAUAUUUGUAUCACGGCUGCUCAGUCCUGUUCCUGGAGAUCUGCCAUCCUGUAGGUCUUCAUUUCAACCCUAAUUUGGCACACCUGACUCUACUAAUUAGCAGCACGAUGAGAACUCAAUCUGUUGAAUGAGGUGUCCUUUGUUCGAAAUGUAGUUAAAACCUACAGGACCGUAGAUCUCCAGGAACAGGGUUGGGCAGCCCCAUCUUAUGUGAUCGCUUUCAAAUCAAAGGGAUAGCCCAAUCUCUUUGUUAUAAUGACAAACUUUGCAAUGCAGUGCCACCAUUGUAGAAAGACAGUUAAAGAGGGCUCUGGUGUGUGAUGUUUAUUUAAAUUGCUAUCUGUUUAAUCAGGCAAAACACAGCAGACUGAGCUGUUUACAAUGGCUGGCCACCCUGUAAACUACAUACAUCACUGACCACGUUUACAGGCCACACCCUUGAACAUAUUAUUGCCAGUUGUAAUCACUGACCUUGUCAUUGACUAGGCCACUGACAAUGUAACUGACCACAUUACAGCCUGUGUCACUGACAUUGUUACUAAUUAGGGUACCGCCCACUAAAGAGGAGGGGCCUUUAUCCAGAACACAGCAUAAAGGCAGGGCCAUACUUUUAACUUAUUAAUGUAGCAUUCUGAAUAGCCAGUUUUCUCAUUAUCGUUGUUAAUUUAUCCGUUUAGACGUCACUUUGGAACAGGACCAGUGGAUUGGAAUGACACUGUUAAAUUUUUUUUUUUUUCUUUAAACAAAAAAAAGUGGAAGCACAACUUUUACUUUUAACAGUGUUUGUCGACAGAAAUGAUAUAGCAUGAGUGGGCAGCACAUUGAGUUUAAAAGGCAACUUUUCCUUCAGUGUUUUGUCUCCUUUUAAUUUUAUAAUUAUUGAGAAAUUAUUGUAUUUUUGCCCUCAGUGAGGACUGUACAGCAUUUUGUGUGUUUUCGCCUCGAGUGUGUAGUUAUGAAUAUAUAAACAGACAAUGAGAAAGGAGGAAUUAUGUGUUUCACACGAUUGUCCUUGAAUUGUUCCUUUUUCUUGUUUUUUUCCCCCCGUUGCUGCACCACAUUACAAAUAUGUUUGAUGUAAUAAUGUUAUUUAAUUAAAUAAAUACCAACAAACUUAAAAGCUAACCUCUUUCCACACGUGUGCUUGUAUGUUGCAUGUUCUGGUGUGAUUAGAGAUGGUAUAUAUUGUGUAAGAUACAUUAUGGUGUGUACGAGUUCUAAUUUUGUAUUGAAAAAGGGAUGCUUUCUAUUUUAAGUCAAUGAUAAUGAAUGUACUUUUUCUAUAAUGAGAAACAUGGUCAAUAUUUGCUGUAAUGGUGUACAGCUAAUAUCAUGAGAUGUACAUUUGUUAUGGUGAAAGAGAUUAUGUAUAUUUGGGGUGAUAAAUUAGACAAUUUGUUUUUUGAGAGAUUUCAUUAUGAAUGAUUUAUGCUUUUUAAUUUCAGGCUUCACUGUUCUCUGUGCACCUUCAAGCAGUGCUCCCCAAAAAUUAAACUCCUUCCUUUAGAAA